CUCGUAAAAGCGUUGACCAGCAACAUUUGAUCUGUCUAUAUAUAAUAUAUAUCCAUAUGCACAAUACCAUCAACAUUCAUACAGAACUAACAAAAACAUUCAUAAAGAACUAACAAAAGUGUGAUAAUGGCAGAAGGAAAAGGAAGAGUUUGUGUAACAGGAGGUACAGGUUUUGUUGGUUCAUGGAUUAUCAAGAAACUCCUUGAAGAUGGUUACAGCGUUAAUACAACUGUUAGAGCUGAUCCAGAGAAAAAGAGAGAUCUUAGCUUUCUCACAAAUCUUCCCGGUGCAUCUGAAAAACUAAAAUUUUUCAAUGCCGAUCUUGACGAUCCAGAAAGUUUCAAUGAAGCAAUUGAAGGGUGUGUUGGAAUAUUUCACACCGCUGCUUCGGUUGAUUUUGAAGAGAAAGAACCAGAAGAAGUAGUGACAAAAAGAAGCAUUGCGGGAGCUUUAGGAAUUCUAAAAGCAUGCAAAAACUCUAAGACAGUGAAGAGGGUUGUUUACACUUCAAGUGCUUCUGCAGUUUAUUGUCAAGACAAAGAAAAAGAAAAGGACGUAAUGGACGAAAGUUAUUGGAGUGAUAUAGACAUUCUUAGAAAUCAUAAACCAUUUGGUUGGGCUUAUUCAGUUUCUAAGACACAAGCGGAGAAAGCUGUUCUUGAAUAUGGAGAACAAAAUGGGUUGGAUAUUGUGACUAUAAUACCAACCAUUGUUGUUGGACCCUUCAUUUGUCCUAAGCUUCCUACCUCUGUUUAUGGUGUACUACCUUACUUAUUCGGUAAUACUGACAACAGUCCAAUAUCUCGUUUUCAUAUGGUGCAUGUUGAUGAUGUUGCACGAGCACAUAUAUUCUUACUGGAACAUCCUAAUCCAAAAGGGAGAUACAAUUGUUCACCAUUCCUUGCAACUGUUGAGGAAGUAGUUGACAUCGUUUCUUCAAAACAUCCUGAAUUUCAAAUUCCAAAGUCCAAAUUGCUCGAGGGACCUAAAGGUCUGGAGCUUCCACAUUUAACAUCAAAGAAACUCAUUGAUGCUGGAUUUGAGUUCAAGCAUACUAUUGAGGAAACGUUUGAGGAUGCGAUUCAAAGUUGCAAGGAAAAGGGGUUUUUUUGAACAUCGUAUUAACAAUAUGUUUGAUCAUAAUUAAUAAAUAAGAUGUCAUUAGACAUGGCUUAAUAUUUGUAUUAUUUUGUAUAUGAGCUCUACUAAGGUCUUCCGAUGGACGAUGCUUUAUAGAUUGAGUGUUUUCUCUAGAAUUUUCUCUCAAUUUCGGGAUUUCCAAGACUGCUAUGGUUGAGUGUUUACUUUCCUUUGUCCCUUUUGUUGUACUUGGGCUUUUGCCUAUCUAUUUUUAUUAUUGUUGUUGUUUUUUA